GGCGGAGAGGGUGAGGAUGAAGAUGCAGAGGCUGCCAGAGCGAUGGCAGGUGACCUGGCACAUUUGGCUCAGGAGCCAGCAACCCCUUGCUUUCAUGCAGCCCUUAAUAGCUGCCUCAAUGGCAUUUAGCUCCGAUCCUGAAUUUUAUGGGGCAGUCGGGGAUUUUUCCUGGGCUCACUUUACAUCCCUGCCCCCACGUUACCCUCAGCUCGUGUCCUCCAGGGUGGGGGCACGGUGCUGCGGUCCCAUCUUGGGGGGUCCAGGGGACCUGCGGCAGCCGAGCGGGGAGGGGACAGAUGUCGAGCCGCCCCCCACACCAAGCCAGCCCCUCCGGUCUUUGUUCAGAUGUGCACUCAGGUUCACCUUGGCAGCAAGGAUGCGCCGCUGGGAGAUGUGCCCUGCUGUGGGCAGGGCGGGGGACACCCCCACCUCCCCAGAUAAACCAGUUAGGGAGACAGAGCACUGGCAGGGGCGCAAGAGAUGGGAUAAAUGCCUCCCUGGAGACCCCCGCCAGCAACAUACCUGCUGGACAACGCCAGCGCUGGGCGCACGGGACCUCGGCCGGCUGCGGAUGCUCAUGGGGGAGCACGUGUGGAUGUGCCCCCCUCACUCCGGGCAUCCCUGGGGGAUCUUGGGGCCAAGAGACCCCCAUCCCUGGGCACUGGCAGCACCCCACUAGCAGCACACAUGGAGCCCACCCAGCUGUGCCAGGGACUGCGGCCCUGCCAGCAGUUAGUGCAGAUUAAUAAGCAAAUCCCAUGGAUUUGUGGGUUUUUCAGCCCAGCAGCACCAGUGAGGGGGGAGAAGCGCGACCCACUGUGUGGCAGGGAGGAGGCCGGUGGCCGUGCCGAAAGCCACGCCGCAGGGAGCUGCCGGGCGCCGCAGUGUUACUAAUCACGGCACAGGAACGCGGGCUAUCGAUUGCGGUGCAAACGUCGCCGUGCCGGAGGAAGAGACAUCCCCUCCGGAGCUGCCUCCCGCACCGUGGCUUCGAGCUGCCAUCCUAAACCCUGCCCACCCGCCCAGGGGGGCGGCGAUGCUCCUGCCUUGUUGUCACAAAAUCCAUCCCAGAGCAUCCCACGGGGCGAGCCAUGCUGCCUGCUGGGAGGCAUUCAGCCCCAUCGCUCCCCCCGCCCCCAGGAUGCUUUUGGGGCCCCCGGGGAGCAGCUCUGUCUCCACAAGCAGCGACAUCCAACUUGCCCUGCUCCCUCUGCGCUCGGUAGUGAAAAACUGGGGUGGCAGCGCAAGGGCUGUCACCCACAGGGAUGUUGGCCACGCCGGGGACCUUGGGAGCUUCCUCCUGCCCAUCCCUCCCUGCUCCUUGCCUUUCCCGGGCAAUGGGGGAAGGUUUAAUCUCUCCAGAGGUGGGGGAGCAUCUUGGUUGUGGGUGCUGAUCGUAUUGGGGGCUGGUGACGGGAGCGUUGGGCACCUUGGAAGGUCGGGGUACCCAGCUGGCACUGAGUGUCCGUCACCAUGGGCUGGGGCCAGCAGCAGGGGCUUCGGGCUCCCCAGGGCUGACAGUGGGCACUCACUAUCUUUCUGUCUUUCCUUUGGUGUCGGCUGGGCUGUCUCGCCAUCGCGGUGCCAGGAGGUGGAGGAUGACUACAUCAAGAGCUGGGAGGACAACCAGCCCGGGGAUGAAGCCCUGGACACCACCAAGGACCCCUGCCAGAAGGUGAAGUGCAGCCGGCACAAGGUGUGUGUGGCGCAGGGCUACCAGCGCGCCAUGUGCAUCAGCCGCAAGAAGCUGGAGCACAGGAUCAAGCUGCCGGGCGCCAAGGGCCACGGGGGCUGCAAGCCCUGCCAUGCCGCCCCGCUCGCCGCUGUCUGCGGCUCUGACGGCCACACUUACAGCUCGGCGUGCAAGCUGGAGCAGCAGGCGUGCCUGGCCAGCAAGCAGCUGACGGUGCGGUGCGAGGGGCAGUGCCCCUGCCCAACCCCGCACGCUCCCACCGGCGAUGGCAAGCAAGAGCCGUGCACCGGGCAGGACCUGGCCGACCUGGGUGACCGCCUGCGCGACUGGUUCCAGCUCCUGCGGGAGAAUGCCAAGCAGAACGGCUCCGGCGGCCUCCCCGCCAGCCCUGCCACCGCGCUGGAGAGGAGCGUGGCGGCCAGCUGCAAGGAGGCAGUGGGGUGGAUGUUCGCCCGGCUGGACACCAGCGGGGAUCUGUUCCUGGAGGCGGCCGAGCUGGCCGCCAUCAACCUGGAUAAGUACGAAGUUUGCAUCCGCUCCUUCUUCAACUCCUGCGACACCUCCAGGGACGGCCGCGUCUCCGCGCCCGAGUGGUGCUUCUGCUUCUGGAGGGAAAAGCCGCCCUGCCUCAGGGAGCUGGAGAAGAUUCAGAUCCAAGAAGCAGCCAAAAUGAAGCCGGGCACCUUCAUCCCCAGCUGCGAUGAGGACGGGUACUACCGGCGGGCGCAGUGCGAGCCAGGCGGCGGGGAGUGCUGGUGCGUGGACCAGCACGGGGCCGAGCUGACGGGCACCCGCGGCCACGGCAGCCCCGACUGCGAGGAGGCGGCAGGGUUUUCGGGCGACUUUGGGAGCAGCGUGGGCUGGGAGGACGAGGAGGAGAAGGAGCCAGAAGAGGCGGGCGAGGAAGGCGAGGAAGAGGAGGGUGAAGCAGGCGAGGGCGACGACGGCGGCUACAUCUGGUAGAGGAGCAGGAAAGCCCGGCGAGCGGCACGGCCGGGUGGCAGCCCCCCAACCGGGGGUCCCUGUGACCCCCCCACUGCCGGAGGGGCAUGGGGUGGGUGUGUGUCCCCCAUCCCGGCCCCGUGUGGGACGGGGUGUCGGGGGGCUCGCCCGAGGAGGGGUGAGCAGGGUGGGGGGCCCACACCUGUGCGAAUUUGAGCUUUUUUUUGUUGUUUUGGGGUAGAGCCCCGUAGGCCUAGUGUGCUGCGGCGUGGUCUUCAACCGGGCACGCGGAGCUAAUAAAAGUGGGAAAAACAUUAAAAACAAAGAAAACCCCAUAGAGAAGCUGCCCCCCCGCCCCCCGCAAUGCUCCCCGUGCUGUGCUUGCGCGGCUGCCCCGGCCCCCGGUGUUGUGUAGCGGCUGUGAAAUAAAUACCCUGUGCUGUGUCAAA